AUGCGGCUGCCAUCGAUCAAGCACAUUCAAUCGACGCCUCUAGCUGAUCUUUGUGCAUGCAUUAAAUAUCUCCGUUUCCUGUACAAUCCUGAAGUCAGAGGCUCUCGACGAAGAAAAUUGACUAGCCUAGGCACGAAGGAAUCCAAAACGGCUGACCGUUUGAAAAUUAUUCGAGCAGAUGCUUUUGAACAAUCGCAUGCUAUUCGUUGGCUCACCGCUCUUGUAGCUCGCGGUGACAACCUAAUAUUGACUGAACUCGAUAGCGAGGCUCGCGAAUGUCUAGUCGAAGACGCUGCUGCCCUCCUCGCAGCUUGUGCUGGAACUGCUUCCUCGGGGCCUAUCACCCGCUCUUAUACAUUUGGACCCUCACCAUUAGGAGAGGAAGUGUCGCUCAAAUUAAGGGAUGCACCUAUAGAGAAUGGUGAUUACGGUACCGUUGGUGCUCAAACCUGGGGCGGUGCAUGCGUAAUUGCGGAUAUGAUUCUCGAAGAUCCCGACCGGUUCGGCUUACCCCUCUACGGGAGCCGGAAAAAGAUGGGAGAACCAUUCAGGAUAAUUGAACUUGGAGCCGGGACAGGACUCGUCGGACUGACCGUCGCGAAACUCCUGGAGCUCCGACAUGUACGCACGGAAAUAGUUCUGUCCGAUUUUCACCCAUCAAUAUUGAACAAUCUACGCUCAAAUGUUGGCUCAACUUUUCCAAGCACGAAUACAUCUUGUGUGGAUGUUUCCGUCGUUCCUCUCGACUGGUCUUCAUACUCAAGUGCAUCGGCCGAUAGCUCGCUUGGAACUUUCGACCUCGUCCUCGGUGCCGAUAUUGUCUACGAGAGCACUCACGCCGUCUGGAUCAAAGGAUGCCUGCAGAAACUCCUCCAACCUAAUGCGUACUUCCACCUUGUCAUUCCUCUCCGUCACACCCACUCUGCCGAGUCCAGCACAGUGAACCAAGUGUUUGGAGACAGCAUCCCAGACCCCGUUUUUGUAAUCGUCGAUCAGGAGCAGUUCUCCUGCGAUGCACACAGUGAUACUGACUUGCGAAUGGUACAUGGCGACCGUGCUGUCGAGGUCGAAUACGCAUAUUAUAAGAUCAAUUGGAAAAGUAGUUCGGAAUAA